AUGUCCCUGCUUUUCUCUCGGUGCAACUCCAUUGUUACAGUCAAGAAGGACAAGAGACACAUGGCUGAGGUGAAUGCUUCCCCACUCAAGCACUUUGUCACUGCCAAGAAGAAGAUCAAUGGCAUUUUUGAGCAACUGGGGGCCUACAUCCAAGAGAGCGCCACCUUCCUUGAAGACACCUACAGGAAUGCGGAACUGGACCCCGUUACGACAGAAGAACAGGUUGUGGACGUCAAAGGCUACCUGUCCAAAGUGAGGGGCAUCAGUGAGGUGUUGGCCCGGCGGCACAUGAAAGUGGCUUUUUUCGGCCGGACGAGCAACGGGAAGAGCACCGUGAUCAAUGCCAUGCUCUGGGACAAAGUUCUGCCCUCAGGGAUCGGCCACACCACCAACUGCUUCCUGCGGGUAGAGGGCACAGACGGUCACGAGGCCUUCCUCCUCACAGAGGGCUCGGAGGAGAAGAGGAGUGUCAAGACUGUGAACCAGCUGGCCCAUGCCCUUCACCAGGACGAGCAGCUCCAUGCUGGCAGCCUAGUGAGUGUGAUGUGGCCCAACUCCAAGUGCCCACUUCUGAAGGAUGACCUCGUGCUGAUGGACAGCCCUGGCAUCGACGUCACCACAGAGCUGGACAGCUGGAUUGACAAGUUUUGCUUGGAUGCCGACGUGUUUGUGUUGGUGGCCAACUCAGAGUCCACCCUGAUGCAGACGGAGAAGCAGUUCUUCCACAAGGUGAGUGAGCGCCUGUCCCGCCCGAACAUCUUCAUCCUGAACAACCGCUGGGACGCGUCCGCCUCGGAGCCUGAGUACAUGGAAGAGGUGCGGCGGCAGCACAUGGAACGUUGUACCAGCUUCCUGGUGGAUGAGCUGGGCGUGGUGGACCGAGGCCAGGCUGGAGACCGCAUCUUCUUUGUGUCUGCCAAGGAGGUGCUCAACGCCAGGAUCCAGAAGGCCCAGGGCAUGCCUGAGGGAGGGGGCGCUCUUGCAGAAGGCUUUCAAGUGAGGAUGUUUGAGUUUCAGAACUUUGAAAGGAGAUUUGAGGAGUGCAUCUCCCAGUCUGCGGUGAAGACCAAGUUCGAGCAGCACACGGUCCGGGCCAAGCAGAUUGCGGAAGCGGUGCGUCUCAUCAUGGACUCCCUGCACGUUGCGGCACAGGAGCAGCGGGUCUACUGCCUGGAGAUGCGGGAAGAACGGCAAGAGCGGCUGAGGUUUAUUGACAAGCAGCUGGAGCUCCUGGCGCAGGACUAUAAGCUGCGGAUUAAACAGAUCACGGAGGAGGUGGAGAGGCAGGUGUCCACUGCGAUGGCGGAGGAGAUCAGGCGCCUCUCCGUGCUGGUGGACGAAUACCAGAUGGAUUUCCACCCUUCCCCAGUGGUCCUCAAGGUCUACAAGAACGAAUUGCACCGCCAUAUAGAGGAAGGACUGGGCCGGAAUAUGUCUGACCGCUGCUCCACAGCCAUCACCAGCUCUCUGCAAACCAUGCAGCAGGACAUGAUAGAUGGUUUGAAACCCCUCCUUCCUGCGUCUGUGCGGAGUCAGAUAGACAUGCUGGUCCCUCGGCAGUGCUUCUCCCUCAGCUACGACCUGAACUGUGACAAGCUGUGUGCUGACUUCCAGGAGGACAUCGAGUUCCAUUUUUCACUCGGGUGGACCAUGCUGGUGAAUAGGUUCCUGGGCCCCAAGAACAGCCGCCGGGCCUUGAUGGGCUACGGUGACCAGGUGCAGCGCCCCAUCCCCCUGACGCCAGCCAACCCCAGCAUGCCCCCGCUGCCGCAGGGCUCCCUCACCCAAGAAGAGCUCAUGGUUUCCAUGGUCACCGGCCUGGCCUCCCUGACGUCCAGGACCUCCAUGGGCAUUCUCGUUGUUGGAGGCGUGGUGUGGAAGGCGGUGGGCUGGCGGCUCAUUGCCCUGUCCUUUGGGCUCUAUGGCCUCCUGUAUGUCUACGAGCGUCUGACCUGGACCACGAGGGCCAAGGAGAGGGCCUUCAAGCGUCAGUUCGUGGAGUAUGCCAGCGAGAAGUUACAACUCAUCAUCAGCUACACCGGCUCCAACUGCAGCCACCAAGUCCAGCAGGAACUGUCUGGGACCUUUGCCCACCUGUGCCAGCAAGUUGACGUCACCCGGGAGAACCUGGAGCAGGACAUCGCCGCCAUGAACAAGAAAAUCGAGGUUCUCGAUUCACUUCAGAGCAAAGCAAAGCUGCUCAGGAACAAAGCCGGCUGGUUGGACAGCGAGCUCAACAUGUUCACGCACCAGUACCUGCAGCCCAGCAGAUAG